CGUUUGUCUAUCUCAGAACGACGCCUAUCAUCCUGCAAAUCUUUCUUCAUCUUCUACUGCUGCUUCCCUUUUGAUCCAAUAAUUCUGCAUUCCAUGAAAAUCUAAAUUAUUAUUACUGAAAAAAAUCAUGUAUCAGUGGAGAAAAUUCGAGUUCUUCGAGGAGAAAUACGGAGGAAAGAGCUCCAUUCCCGAGGAUGUGACGGCAGGGAAGAUCGAGUGCUGUUCUAGCGGCAGAGGGAAGGUGGUGAUCGGCUGCGAUGAUGGCACUGUAAGCUUGCUGGAUCGUGGCCUCAAGUUCAAUUUCUCUUUCCAAUCUCACUCCUCCUCUGUCCUCUUCCUCCAACACCUCAAGCAAAGGAACUUUUUGGUGACUGUGGGUGAGGAUGAACAAAUAUCUCCGCAGCAAUCUGCCAUGUGCCUCAAAGUAUUUGAUCUCGACAAGAUGCAAUCCGAAGGCACGAGUGCUGCUACUACCCCUGAUUGUAUUGGAAUAUUGCGGAUUUUCACCAAUCAAUUUCCCGAAGCAAAUAUUACUUCUUUUUUAGUACUAGAGGAAGCUCCUCCGAUACUACUCAUGGCUAUUGGUUUAGACAAUGGUUGCAUUUACUGCAUCAAAGGGGAUAUUGCGAGGGAACGAAUCACGCGGUUCAAGCUCCAAGUGGAUAAUGUUUCUGAUAAAAGUCAUUCAACGAUUACAGGUCUUGGAUUCAGAGUGGAUGGUCAAGCCCUUCAAUUAUUUGCCGUGACUCCAGAUUCCGUGAGCUUGUUCAGCAUGCAUAAUCAACCACCCAGGAGACAAACCUUAGAUCAGAUUGGAUGUAAUUUCAAUAGUGUUACGAUGAGUGAUCGUUUGGAGUUAAUAAUUGGCCGGCCCGAGGCUGUGUAUUUUUACGAAGUUGAUGGACGUGGUCCUUGUUGGGCAUUUGAGGGAGAGAAGAAAUUUCUAGGGUGGUUUCGUGGUUACCUUUUAUGUGUUAUUGCAGACCAAAGGACUGGGAAAGACACUUUCAAUGUUUAUGACCUGAAGAACCGUUUGAUAGCCCACAGUCUGGUGGUUAAAGAAGUUUCUCACAUGCUGUGUGAAUGGGGUAACAUUAUACUUAUAAUGACUGACAAAUCAACUCUGUGUAUCGGGGAAAAGGAUAUGGAAAGCAAGCUAGACAUGCUCUUCAAGAAGAAUCUGUAUACUGUAGCUAUCAAUCUAGUUCAGAGUCAGCAAGCUGAUGCUGCUGCUACUGCAGAAGUUCUAAGGAAGUAUGGAGAUCAUCUAUAUAGCAAGCAAGAUUAUGAUGAGGCCAUGGCACAGUACAUCUCCACUAUUGGUCACCUUGAACCUUCAUAUGUGAUACAGAAGUUUCUGGAUGCACAGAGAAUAUACAACCUUACUAGUUACUUGGAAAAAUUACAUGAGAAGGGGCUUGCUUCUAAAGAUCAUACAACCUUGCUCUUAAACUGCUAUACCAAAUUGAAAGAUGUUGAGAAGCUUAAUGUAUUUAUUAAAAGUGAAGAUGGUGCUGGAGAACAUAAGUUUGAUGUGGAGACUGCAAUAAGGGUCUGUCGUGCUGCCAAUUACCAUGAGCAUGCAAUGUAUGUCGCCAAGAAGGCAGGGAGGCAUGAACUGUACUUGAAGAUCUUACUUGAAGACCUUGGCAGAUAUGGGGAAGCCUUGCAGUAUAUUUCAAGUCUUGAACCAAGUCAGGCUGGUGUGACUGUGAAGGAGUAUGGUAAAAUUCUCAUAGAGCACAAGCCAGUGAAGACAAUCGAGAUACUCAUGAGGCUUUGCACCGAGGAUGGAGAAUCAACAAAGAGAGAAUCCUCAAGUAGCACAUACUUAACUAUGCUGCCAUCUCCUGUUGAUUUUCUCAACAUUUUCAUCCAUCAUCCACCGUCCCUCAUGGACUUUCUUGAAAAAUAUACGGACAAGGUGAAGGACUCACCUGCACAAGUAGAAAUUCACAAUACCCUCCUGGAGUUAUACUUGUCAAAUGACUUGAACUUCCCAUCUAUCUCACAAGCUAGUAAUGGUGUAGAUCACACUCUUAAAGCAAGAUCAGGUUCAUUGGUAAUGCCCAAAGCAGAAUCCAAAUUGAAAUCAAGCGCUGAUCGCAAAGAUACAUCUAAGGAAAGAGAUCGUAUGGAAAGGUGUGAGAAGGGUCUGCGUCUGCUUAAGAGUGCGUGGCCAUCUGACCUGGAGCAGCCACUUUAUGAUGUUGAUCUUGCCAUAAUUCUCUGUGAGAUGAAUGCAUUUAAAGAUGGGCUUUUGUAUCUGUAUGAGAAGAUGAAACUAUAUAAAGAGGUUAUUGCCUGCUACAUGCAAUCCCAGGACCAUGAAGGAUUGAUUGCAUGCUGCAAAAAGCUGGGGGAUUCUGGUAAGGGAGGAGAUCCAUCUCUUUGGGCAGAUCUGCUGAAGUAUUUUGGUGAACUUGGAGAAGAUUGCUCAAAGGAAGUGAAGGAUGUUCUGACAUAUAUUGAAAGGGAUGACAUCUUGCCUCCUAUUAUUGUUCUUCAGACACUGUCCAGGAAUCCAUGCCUUACGCUCUCUGUCAUUAAGGAUUAUAUUGCUCGGAAGCUUGAGCAGGAGUCAAAGCUGAUUGAAGAAGAUCGACGAGCUAUUGAGAAGUAUCAGGAAGACACUUUGACAAUGAGAAAAGAAAUUCAGGAUCUCAGGACAAAUGCGAGGAUAUUUCAGCUCAGCAAGUGCACUGCUUGCACCUUCACCCUUGAUCUUCCUGCUGUCCAUUUUAUGUGCAUGCAUUCAUUUCAUCAGCGUUGCCUUGGCGAUAAUGAAAAAGAAUGCCCUGAGUGUGCUCCUGAAUACAGAUCUGUUCUUGAAACAAAAAGAAGCCUGGAGCAGAAUUCUAAAGAUCAAGAUCGCUUUUUUCAGCAGGUGAAGAGUUCAAAGGAUGGGUUUUCUGUGAUUGCUGAGUAUUUUGGAAAAGGGAUCAUUAGCAAAACCAGUAAUGGAUCCACAGGCACUGGCAGGACAGGUGACACAUCUUCCAGCAGUGGCUUCUAAGGUGUUUUACGGGUUGUUGGUCCAGCUUUAAGCAUUUAUCUCCUUCCUUCAUUGGCUUGCAAGCCUCUGCCUAAUGUUGUCUGGUAAUCAGAGUGGGCAGGGUGACUGCGCAAUUCCAUGGCUCUGGCUACAAUCUGUCUGGAUUGGACAUUAGCCAAGGUUUGUUUUAUCGAAUUAAGAUUGCUGUCCGAGAAAGAGAGAAAAAUCAGAGUUUCUCCACUGAGGGCAAAAGAUGAUGAGAGAAAAGGUAGUAUUCAUCUGCAUUCUGUUUUGUGCGAAACUUUCUAACUAGGCAUCUCCCUCAAAGGAACUUCAAAUGAUAAAACAAUAUGUUCAAACUAGGAGCAGAGUUUUCUUGCCAAAUAUUGCUUGGUUUCUUGAAGUGUGAAAUUUCAGCCAGCGUUUGUGGUUCCUCAUAAUCUUCAAACAAAUAAUUUUGGGAGUGCGUAUUCUAAGAAACCAAUUCAUUUUUUGUGUAUGGUUUGUGAAACAUGCGAAUGUGUUGAAUUAUGUAUAGCUGGUAUUUUAUUUUUUUGUAUCAAUUAUCUAUUUGAGUAGACUGGAAGAGCAAAGAAUUUCAGGUCA